UAAACAUAUAACUUUCUUGGUUUUGUUUAGAGUUCUAUAAACUUUUAGAUUGUAUUGUCAGCUGAAGAAUCAAAAAUAGGAGAAAUGGGUGUUAGAGAGAAGGAUCCGUUAGCCCAAUUGAGUUUGCCUCCAGGUUUUAGAUUUUACCCGACAGAUGAAGAGCUUCUUGUUCAGUAUCUCUGUCGGAAAGUUGCAGGCUACCAUUUCUCUCUCCAGGUCAUCGGAGACAUCGAUCUCUACAAGUUCGAUCCUUGGGAUUUGCCAAGUAAGGCCUUGUUUGGGGAGAAGGAAUGGUAUUUCUUUAGCCCAAGAGACCGGAAAUAUCCGAACGGGUCAAGACCCAAUAGAGUAGCCGGAUCGGGUUACUGGAAAGCCACCGGUACCGACAAGAUCAUUACGUCUGAUGGCCACCGUGUCGGAAUUAAAAAAGCUUUGGUUUUUUACGCCGGAAAAGCUCCAAAAGGCACGAAAACUAACUGGAUCAUGCACGAGUAUCGCCUCGUCGAGCAUUCUCGUAGCCAUGGAAGCUCCAAGUUAGAUGAUUGGGUGUUAUGUCGAAUCUACAAGAAGACUUCCGGGUCUCAGAGACAACAAGCGGUUGCUCCGGUUCAACCUUGCCGUGAAGAACACAGCACUAACGGGUCGUCGUCAUCUUCUUCGUCUCAGCUCGAAGACGUUCUUGACUCGUUCCCGGAGAUGAAAGAUCGUUCUUUUAAUCUUCCUCGCGUGAACUCUCUAAGGACGCUUCUCAACGGGAAUUUCGAUUGGGCUAGCUUAGCGGGUCUUAAUCCCAUCCCGGAGUUAGCUCCGACGACCAACGGUUACGGAGGUUACGACGCGUUUCGAGCGGCGGAGGGAGAGGCGGAGAGCGGGUUGAGAAACUCGCGGGUGGACUCGAGCGAGUUGACUCAGAGUUUCGGGUACAGCUCGAGUGGGUUGAGUAGUGGUGGGUUCGGAUUUUCGGGUCAGACAUUCGGGUUUAGGUAAUAAGAGAGAGCACGUGAGGGGGUAGGGUGGUAAUUAAUGUAAAUAAAAUAGGGAUUUAUAUGGGCCUUUACCGAUUCGGUUAGGCUAAGAGCAUCUCCAUUGGAGAUUCUUAGGGGGAGUUCACCCCUUUCCAAAAAAAAAAAAAAAAAAAUAAGAUUGUUUUGGUGAACCUCACUCUCAAAAGUUCAUGGUGGUGAACCUGGUUCACAUAGGGUUCGCCACGUGGCGGCCCCCCAUUCGUCCGAUUUUUUUUUUUUUUUUUGGUGAACCUCCCAUGGGGUUCACCAAUGGAGAUGCUCUAAGGAUUCCAGAAAGGAAAAUGGGCUUGAUUAGUUUUGAUUGGGCGGGAAAUUUAAUAAUAAUGUUCCACGAUACCUUGAUGGAUUCUUUGAAUUCUUGAAAAUAAAAUGGUUGUUUGAGACUAUUUACAUGUUAUGAAAAUCGGAAUUGGUGUUACUUUAGUAAAGACUUAAUGACCAGAAACAGAGUCGUUGAAGGUCUUAGUUUAUUCAUAGUGGAGAUGAUCUCUUAAAUAGAUCUCAGUGCCUUACAACAAUAGGCAUAACUAAUGCCGAAACAAACUCAACAAAUCAACUUAAUCAACUCCUAAAAUAUAGGAGGACUUAUUCAAACAAAGACUCAGCUAAAGACUCGUUAACUUAUUCUUCAAUUGGUCGAUUAUAUAUAGGCUUGGUAAGUUUUUGGAUCCAAUUUCACUGCAGAUAAUGGAUUUAAAUGAUUAGUUCUUAGUAAUCUCGAAAUCAUUAUUUGAACUUUCAAAAUAUAUUCCU